GGGGGAGCGCUCAGCGCCGGCUGCUCUCACCCCGCCUUCGCCCGGGCCUUGGUUUCGCUCGCCCGCCCGCCAUGGCGGGUAAGGGCAGGGCUUGCUGCACAGCGGCCUCUUCCACCAGGCUUCCGAAGCCCCAUCUCUCCCGUCACCCCGCCGAGAGGGCGCAGCGGGCGGGCGGGCGCGGGCCCGAGCGGGAGCGCUGGGUGCCGCGCCGCUAAACCACAGCUCAGUUUUUAGGCAGGCCCCGUGCCAGGAGUAAAGAUGGCAGCACGGGAGGCAUGCGGAGGGGCACAGGGUGGCUCGGCGCGCAUGCGCGGGGCCGGCCCGGGGCUGGCGGGGCCCGUUACCGGCCCCGCUGCCGCCGCUGCCGCCGGUCCCGCGAUGGCGAAGCGCCUGAGGAGCAGCGAGGUCUGCGCCGACUGCAGCGCUCAGGAUCCUUGCUGGGCAUCCAUAAACAGGGGGAUCCUGAUCUGUGAUGAGUGCUGCAGUGUGCACAGGAGCCUGGGCCGUCACAUCUCCCAAGUGAGGCACCUCAAACACACCCCGUGGCCUCCAACACUGCUGCAGAUGGUGGAAACUCUGUACAACAAUGGUGCUAAUUCCAUCUGGGAGCACUCCCUGCUGGACCCUGCCUCCGUGAUGAGCGGGCGGCGCAAGGCCAGCCCGCAGGAUAAAGUGCAUCCCAACAAAGCAGAGUUUAUCAGAGCUAAAUAUCAAAUGUUAGCGUUUGUGCAUCGCCUGCCGUGCCGGGAGGACGACAGUGUCACUGCCAAGGAUCUCAGCAAGCAACUCCAUUCCAGUGUGAGGACAGGGAAUCUGGAGACCUGUUUGCGACUGCUCUCCUUAGGAGCUCAAGCCAACUUCUUCCAUCCUGAGAAAGGAAACACCCCACUGCACGUUGCUGCUAAGGCAGGACAGACUUUGCAAGCAGAACUAUUGGCAGUUUAUGGUGCUGAUCCUGGCACACAAGAUUCCAAUGGGAAAACACCAGUUGAUUAUGCAAGGCAAGGGGGGCACCACGAGCUGGCAGAGAGGCUGGUGGAGAUCCAGUACGAGCUCACAGACAGGUUGGCUUUCUACCUCUGUGGCAGGAAACCAGAGCACAAAAAUGGGCAGCACUUUGUUAUACCUCAGAUGGCAGACAGCAGUCUGGAUGUAUCAGAACUGGCAAAAGCAGCCAAGAAGAAGCUUCAGUCUCUAAGCAACCACUUAUUUGAAGAACUUGCCAUGGAUGUGUAUGAUGAAGUAGACAGAAGGGAAACAGAUGCAGUUUGGCUUGCUACUCAGAACCACAGCACACUCGUGACAGAGACCACCGUGGUCCCUUUUCUUCCUGUAAAUCCUGAAUAUUCCUCAACCAGGAAUCAGGGAAGGCAGAAACUGGCUCGAUUUAAUGCCCACGAGUUUGCUACACUGGUUAUAGACAUUUUAAGUGAUGCCAAACGAAGACAACAGGGGAAUUCUCUCACUGGUUCCAAAGAAAAUGUGGAGCUGAUACUGAAAUCAAUCAGCAAUCAGCACAGCAGUGAAAGUCAGGACAAUGACCAGCCUGAUUAUGACAGUGUUGCUUCAGAUGAAGAUACAGAUCUGGAAACAAAUGCAGCUAAAUCAAACAGGCAGAAGAGCUUGGAUUCAGACUUGUCAGAUGGACCAGUGACUGCCCAGGAAUAUAUGCAGGUUAAAAAUGCCUUGGUGGCUUCUGAGGUGAAGAUUCAGCAGUUAAUGAAGGUGAACAUCAACCUGAGUGAUGAGCUGAGGAUUAUGCAGAAAAAGCUCCAAACUCUACAGAGUGAAAAUACCAACCUCAGAAGACAGGCCACAACCAAUAUCUAUCAGGUGCAAGGUGGUUCUGAGUACCCAGACCCCAGCAGCAAUUCCUCCCUAAAGCGGCGCCCGUCGGCCCGGGGCAGCAGGCCCAUGUCCAUGUACGAGACUGGCUCAGGGCAGAAGCCCUACCUGCCCAUGGGGGAGGUCACCUACCCAGAGGAAAACAUCACCAGGCUGCAGCCCUUCCCUCCACACAUCGGGAGGAGUGCGUUUGUGACCUCCUCUUCAUCUCUACCUUCCUUCCCCUCCACGCUUUCCUGGUCGAGGGAUGAGAGCACACGAAGGGCCUCAAAGCUGGAGAAGCAGAGCAGCGUGUCCGAGAGCGACUACGACAACCCCACCACCCCCGUGGAGCUGGAGGAGCCGGGGUCGGGCAGGAAGGGCCGGCAGCGCAGCGUCAUUUGGCAGGGGGAGGGGUCCAUCCCUGAGGACACAGACCCAGCCCCCAGCUCCAGUUUGCCCAGCACAGAAGAUGUGAUUCGGAAAACGGAGCAGAUCACCAAGAACAUCCAGGAGCUGCUGCGAGCGGCACAGGAGAACAAACAUGACAGCUAUAUACCGUGCUCCGAGAGAAUACAUGUGGCAGUGACAGAAAUGGCAGCCUUGUUCCCAAAAAAGCCCAAGUCGGAGCUGGUGAGGACUUCCCUGCGCCUGCUGACAUCCAGCGCCUACAGGCUGCAGUCGGAGUGCAGGAAAGCGCUGCCCGCCGAGCCCAGCCCCGCGCCCGACAUCCAGCUGGUGACACAGCAGGUCAUCCAGUGCGCCUACGACAUCGCCAAGGCUGCCAAGCAGCUGGUCACCAUCACAACCAAAGAGAACAACAACUGAGGCACUCGGGGCUUUUUACUCUGGGGUUUUUUAAAGGUUGGAUUUCAACGUACAGGUGUGGAACUAUGCGCAUUUUUACGAGGAAAAAAACUUCAAGGGGCAAGAAACUUUUUUUUUUUUUUUUAAACUCAGUAUUAUUUUUGCAUGUUUUCUAACAAUUUUAUGAUUAAUUUAACCCACUGCCUUAUUUUGUGCCUGUGUUGCCAGUGUAGUUAUGGAUAAUAGCAUGUUGCAAGUAGCUGUCGAGCCACUCUCAUGUCCCAGCGCUGUACCGAGCUCUUGUAGAUGUUUCCUUGGGGCCACGUUCUGCUUUCAGAUCCUGCUGGUGGAACUGCUCUGACACCACUGCACGGAUGGGAGAGCAGCAUCUCCAUCCCUCUGGAGCCUCCCCUGCUGGGAUCCUGCUGGCUGAGGCUCCCCAGGCUCCAGGACUGCUCCCAGCAGGAAGAAGGUUUGUCCUGGUAACGGGGUACAAGCCCAACGUUCUCUGUUCCCAUAUCAACUGUUGUGCAAUAUGUUUUUUAGUCUGCUAAACCAGUAGUAGUUGUGGGCAUCCAAGCUUGUUACGUGUAACUCUACAAGGUCUUUGUCACUUUAUCUGUUUUGGAAGGAAUUUGAAACUUAAUAGUUAUUUCUUUUAGUUGUCACUAUGCCAUUAAUAUAUAUGUUUGAUGUUACUUUAGGGCAUUAGUGGUUAAAAUAUUAUCCUUUGUUUCUGAGUUAGUAAUUCAUUGUUAAGUUUCCUGCAGAAUUUUCCUGUCAUCUUCGAGGCACCGUCUUGUUUGCAGCAGCAUUUCUCAGUAACUCCAGAUGCAAUUUCACUAAAGAUUUCUGUGCUUAUUAACAAAAAAAAAGGAAGUUAGAAGAGUGCCAGUGCAAAAGCAGCUGUGUCUGCCACAGCACAUAACCUCUGUACCUCAACAUAUCCAAAUGUGAAAACAUUUCUCCUAUCUCCUAAGUUUUUUAUGUGAAUCUUUCAAAAUUUGACAACUUGCUGAGUAACCCCUGCCAGGCUGCCUGGUCCCGGUGGCCACGUGUGCUCCAGGUUUCUUCAUCCAUAACAGUUCACAUAAGUGUGUCAGUCCAUAAUUUAAAAACUGAGAAUAUUUUUGGGAGUCUGAAUUUCAGGUGAUGCAGGAAAUCACUGAUUUUUGCCUCUGCCUCUGUCCCAUUUGGAAAUGUGUUGUCAGUGCCCAGGAGCCAGCCAUGGUGUGUUUGUGUGGAUAUAUCCAAGCACAAGUGCCACAGCACUGCUGGAUUCCUGCUGCUGUCUGGCUCCCAGAGUCUGAGGGAGGGAAGGAAUUGGAAAGAGGAGAUGACAGCCCAGUAAAUUGAUGUUCUUCAUUGUGGGGUUUUAUUUCCUUUCUGUCCUUCUGAACCCCAGAAGCAGCUCUAACCUGACAGCAGAGGCAGGCUGGGACUAAAACUGCAAAUGACCUUUGUGAAACCUACUUCAAAAUCAUGCAACUGCAAUUAAUUAAACACAUUGAGAAUCUUCUAGGAACUUUUCCUUAAAUAAUGGCUGAAAGGCAGCAGAUGGUAUUUUUCAGUCUCCCAGGACACCACUGUGUGCUGUUCUUUAACAUAUCUUACCUGCUUUCCAAAGCGGGGUGACACUGAGCUAUGGUGUAAUUUAUCACUUAUUUAAACCUGCCUUUGAUCCAAAACCAAGGGACACUUAAGUAACUGCCAGCCCCUGCUCCAGCUACACUGAAAUCAGAGUGGUGCACACCCCACAGGAACCCCCAGCAGCAAGUUCAUGAACCCUCCACUCACAGCACCGCAGUCACAGAGUUUGUAGCACCUCAAGUAACAAAGGUGUGUUUUUCUUUUAGGACUAGAUCUCUUGUUCCCCUGUAAACAAACUUACUCUUCCUUUACAAAAUGCUGCAGAGGAAAGGAAAAGCUUUUUUUGCCUUUUUCCAAACCUUGUAUUUAUCAGUGUCAUUCUGUCUGUACAAUAUUUUGACUUUUAAUCUUUUGUUUACAGUAUUACUAUAAAAUGCUAAAACCCUU